AUUUUCAAUCUGCCCACAUGAUAUUGGAUUGUGUUAGGCGCGGUAUCCGAGGAAUGUAACGCAAUAAAUACCCAGUGGGCAGCGGGCAGGUAGCGUCGACGAUGUUUACAGGCCGGUCCCGCCGUGAAGCCCCUCGAGUCGGAGGUCGUUUGUCAGUCGCAUCACGCUGACCCUACAAUGAACCAUCAACUCCACUGAGACCUCAACCUAAACACUCACAAAACUUAAUUGAAAGCAUUGCUAUUUAUAAAAUCCUUUAAGUUAAAAAUAGAACCCAUGUUAAAUCUUGACACGUCGAGGAAUUCGUUUGUAUUUCAGACAUGUAUAGUAAAAUUAAGCAAAGAUACAGGCGUGAGGGUGCAGGCGAGGGUGGCGGGUGGAGCGGGGCGCGGCGCGGGGCGGCCUGCCCUCAGUGUCGCGGAGGCUGCGGCGCAUCGAGCCGCCCGCCCUGCGCCGCGCGAACUUUUUGCCAAAACACUACCUAAUCCCAUCCAAAUUACUCAUUUUAACGGCAACAACUUGCCCCAUCACAAUUUUACGUACUCCAAACGAGCCAAUGUUUCUUAUAAAGUCACGUUUCUUAGCUCAACUUGUGAAAUAAGAAAAUGACAACAUAAUUUUCGUUUGACGAUUAUCAACUAAGUAUGUGAACUGUUUUUCAACUUCUUAUGAACGGCUAAAACGUGACUGAGAAAGCCUCUGUAUGAAUUCUUACGUGGCAGAGGAUUGCGCAGGCGGAGAGGAGUGCCCUCCGGUCGUCGUGUCUUGGGAGGGCUCGGCCGACAUCCAGAGCGGAGACAUCCUCAUCGUGCGCAUCGCCGACUCGUCGCUCCUCGACACUUUCGCCCACCCUGACGCUAAGAACAGUAGCCAUGAUGCGAACGCUACGCAAGCAGAUGGACAGAGGGUACACCGCACGCUGCCAUCGCCGGCCGUGUACCAGGUGACGCGGCAGGGGCACGUGCACUGCGACGUGUCUGAAGGCAUGCUGCUCGACAUCACCCCGCUGGACGAGAACGGCGCCAAACUUAUCACGCUCUACGACAAGGAUCUCACCGAGGGCGUCAACUUGCUGAUAGUUGUUUCCGAGAACUGGGGGUCACAGUGCGUCCGCCUCAAAGUUACUGUCAAGUCGGAUAACUGUGGAGAGUCUCAAGACUGCUCCGGGAAGGGCGUGUGCUACACCAACGUAUCUAUGGAAGGCUACGAGUGCCAGUGCUGCGCCGGCCAGCUGGGCCCGCACUGCGAGGAGCGCGACGUCUGCAAUCCAUCACCCUGCCUGAAUAAUGGCAUAUGUGUCGACCUCACGCAGCCUCUCAACGGGGCGAACUACCACUGCCUUUGUCCCUACGGUUUUACAGGUAGAAAGUGCGAAAAGGAUCCGUGCUACUCGGAGCCUUGUCUGAACGGAGGGUCGUGCAUGAGCCUGGCGAUGAACGGGUCGACGACGUUCCACUGCGCAUGCGCGGACGGCUGGACGGGCGCGCACUGCGAGCUGCCCACGGUGGGCGGCGCCUGCGCUGACAAGCCCUGCGUCAAUGGCAUCUGCAUAGAGCAGACAGACAUUGACGCUGAGGGCCACGAGUACCGAUGUUUCUGCUUGCCAGGGUACACGGGUGAGCACUGUGAGAUGGAAUACAACGAGUGCGAGUCGUCGCCGUGCGCGAACGGCGGCACCUGCACUGACCGCGUCGGCGGCUUCGCAUGUGCCUGCGGCCGCGGCUUCACCGGCAACACGUGUCAGCUCAAGGUUGAUUUGUGCUCACCAAACCCGUGCUCUGCGCAGCGCUAUUGUGUGGACCGCGGCAACAGCUAUACCUGCGAAUGCCCCCACGGCUACGUCGGUGACGAGUGCCACCUGCCUGUCAAAUCGGCGUGCGACAAUAAUCCGUGCGCACACGGCGGCACCUGCUGGAGCGGCAUCGACUCCUUCUACUGCUCCUGCCGACCGGGAUACACCGGCAAACUAUGCGAAGAGGACUUCAUCCUGGAAUCAGUGGUCCGCGGCGAGGUGAUCAGCUCGGAGUCCCGCGGCGACGGCGGCGGCGGCGGCGCGGUGCGCGAGGUGCGCAUGCCGCUCGGCCUGUACCACGACCGCCUGCACAACGUGUACAUCGCCGCCGGCACGCUCGGCGCCGCCAUCGCCAUUGUGGGCGUCGUGGUGACGGCAUGCCACUGCCGCGUGAACAAGACGUACUCGCGGCUGCUGUCGCGGCUGGCGCGCGCGCCGGCGCCGGCGCCGCACUGGCUGCACGACAAGCGCGCGCCCGCGCACGCGCAGCCCGCGCCGCCCGCGCUCGACACCACCGACAUGUACUACACGCUCGACUUCAGCGACAGCCAGAGCUCCCCGCUCAUACAAUAGCAAUCACUCAUGAACUGCUCCGACGGGGAACGGUUCAAGAUACAAAUUUAAAUCGCAGAACUUGCAUGACACGAGAUAUUUGG